AUGGGUCCAAACGAAGACAGAUACUCAACAAAUCACUUGAAGUGCACGUAUUGUACCGGAAAUGCCACUCAUUUGUUGUCCACAUGUGAUGACUGUAUUGACGGCCAAUUGACUACCGAUUCGACGAUUCCUUUGAACGAAUUCCUCGAGAAUAUGAUUGAAUUGAAUAAAGAGAUGAAUGACACGAAUGAAGAGCAGAAUCGCACGGAUGGACACAAACUGCAGGGGAUUCUCGAUUUGGUGGCCAAUCAUGUGCUCAACAGUUCAGUGACGGUCCAGAUGUCCACUAAAUACAUGCUCUUCGGCACCUAUUUAACAGACUGCCGGUGCUUUAAUUUGAGCACACAGUCCAUCAAAUUGAUUGCAAUUAAACCCAAUCUCUCAGACAUUAAUUUCAAAUAUCAUAUAACGGUUCCAUUCGGUGAUAUCCAACGUGUGAUGUACUGUCGGAUGGCAUGCCUUCCGUUGGUAUUAAUGGAAGUGACAGAAGAGUCUAAUAAGAAAAUACAGGUCUCUAUGCAAUUGGGGUUCAAAUCAGCGGUUAAUGGAUUCAAGUUUAAUGUCAAUUCAGAUGAUAUCAUUGAGAGGUAUAUUGCGUUUGAAUUGGAGAAUGACUACGAGUGGCAUGACUUCAUCGAUGUGUUUAAUCAUCGCUCAAAAGUGGUCAACAAAGACAUCAUAUUCAGAGAGAUUAGUGAAGAAAACAGCAAAAAAUUCUUGAAACAAAUGAACGCAAAAUCAAUGGCAGCCGUUAGGAGAUCUCAGCUCUAUUUAGCCACUUAUUAG